AUGGAAGAGCUUCAAGAUCGACUUGGCUAUCACUUCAAUACCACUGAGCUAUUGGAAGAGGCUGUGCAUCCAGCUGGAACCCGUCCCCUGCAAGGCAGCAAGCGACUGGCACUUCUUGGUGAUUCCGUUCUGUCCACUUCGCUCUUGGAUGAAUGGUACAAUAGCGAAGAUACUAUCGGCACGUUGCGAUGUGAAAGCGGAAACGAUAUGUUGCAGUCUAAUGCCUGUAACAAAAACCUGAGCUGCAAAGGUGAGGCGUCUGAGAUAGACGACUUUAUAAACGGGCAUCCGGCACAAAAAGGCCACAUCACACGGGGCACUCGUGCAACGACGGUGGAAGCCAUUCUUGGCGCUGUGUGGAUUGAUUCGGGAAUGAGCAUGCAUGCAGUGGAUUGUGUGAAAGACAAGUUUGCUAUCGACAAAUGA